AUGCUUCUUUUAGAAAUUUUGUUGAAUCCAGUGCAAGCGCCCGCACUAAAAAUACCUAAAAUACAUUGUCAUUUCCAAUUGGCCGAUGAUCAUCCAUUUCUCUCUUUUCAAAAGGCCGCAGUGACGUCCGUUACUAUUUACACCGCAUAUAAGUUUUUCUUUGGUCAAGCUGGUCAAAGCGACAAAAAUAAUAACGAAAGACAUGUCGUAUCACUUCAAAUAGAAGAAACGUACUUAAUCGUCCUUCACGGCGAAAACAAGCCACUAAAAAACAGCCACCGAAGAACGGUAACCAGUGAACCGGAGCGUUUAAAUUCGUUGGCUGUCUUGACUUUAUUAAACAUAUAUGGUCAAAAAACUGUUGCUCAAGCUUUUGGCUUUACAACUCUUACUUUUUCUCUCGGUCUUCUCACAAAGAAGUUUGUUUGUCUCUUAAAAGAAGCUAAAGAUGGAGAUUUAGACCUGAACACAGCGGCCACUGCAUUGAAAGUACAAAAGCGUAGAAUAUACGACAUUACCAAUGUACUAGAAGGAAUUGGAUUAAUUGAAAAAAAUUCAAAAAACCAUGUUCGUACACAAUUACAAUCAGCAUCUUCACUACGUCAGAAUUAUAAAACAAAAAUUGAAGAACUUCGAGCGGCAAAUGCCACACUUGAAACUGAGCGACUGGAACUUGAAAAGGCCAAUCAAAAUGUGGAUAUUAAUAUUAAAAAUAUAUAUGAAGCUGAAGAAAGUGGCCAGCCAUUUUACAUUCUUCAACUCUCGGAUAGUAAUCCAGAAGACCAUUUCACCAUAACGAAUAGUCAUUAUGGACUAGGAAAUAUGUCGUCACGUGCAUUCACACAACCUAGUCCACCAUUGAAUAUUCAUGAUAAUGGUCCACUCCGUCUCAACAUAGCACUUCCUCCACCUUAUCCUCAUCCAACCUCAACGCCAACUCCUCCUGAUGAGGACUACGAUAUGAUUUAUGGUAGUAUGGACGAUCAUCGUUUACACUAUCGACAUCAGCAACAAGUCUACCACCGCCAAAGCCAUAAUCGUCCUCAGCGUCAAUAUCAUCGUCGCUCAGAAUUCGGAAUUAUUGACGAUGGAAAUGACAAUUUUGAGCCUAUAUAUCCAUCGUUCGGUGCAAGAGAUUGUGAUUUUGGGACACUCAGGCAUGAAGGUCGAGAGGGACUAGACAUAUUUGGACGAGAUCUCAAUCAAAAGAUGAGAAGUGACCAUCUCCCAUAA